AUGUCGGCAGCGUUCAGCUCGCGCUUCCUUCGCGGCGCAGACGCUGACACGAAGAACGGGAGUAACGUUUGCGUUCGUGAUGUCGUGAGUGACUACGAAGAAGACGAUAAGUACCCUCCAAGCGGUUACGUUCGUCUCAAUAUGCCUCAAAAACCGCUGGGAUCGAACACCAGUCCGCGGCGCUAUGCCGGAUCUUUACAACGAGACGGUACGGCGGCUUCUCCUAGAGCAGCAGACAGCCGGUCGAGUGGAAAUGGUGGAGCUGAGAAAAACAAGACAACAGACGAACAGUCUGCGAAAGCGGUGAAGCCGCAGACAUUCGGGUCGCUGUCCGACGGCCGGAGCAGUCGAUCGACAUCGUCGGUUCAGAGGAGCGCGAGGAAGAAAUGGUACAAUGACUCGGAUGAAGAAGAGGAAGAGGAGAAGGAGCUGUUGGCGAAAUUGGCGGAUGCAAGAAAGAAAAUGGCUGAACUAAGCAAGGUCAGGAGUGACCAAGAGGAGGGGUUGAGCUCGGAUCUGGAUUCGUGCGUUGAACGUCCAUACGCCGAGCUGUCUGGAAAGGUCAAGGAAAGUCUAGUCUCGACGCCUUCCAAACGAACUCGAUCAACAGCUGCACGAAACGGAACGGACCGGAAGGAGAACGUGCGUACGAGGGACAGCACAUUUGACAGUAGUGCGGACAAAGCGAAGUGCUCGGAAAUCUCAGCUGCGUACGAUACCACACAGAAAGAGAUGAACAUAUCGAGACUUUCGACAACGACACAGGCUUCGGCGCUUCCGGUUGGGGGCACAGAAAACGAAUUGAACCGCAGAGAAGCAAAAGGCCUGAUUGCCAAUACUGUAGCUGCUGGUAAGUCUCCACGGGACACAUGGCCAACAUCAAAGCAGUCGGUGUCUCCUCAAUCUGCCGGCGGCAUUGGCACAGUGCAGCCGACAGAGGUGCAGACGGGAGGUUUCGGAAAUGCCCCGACUAUCAUCAUUAACCGUCGCACUGACCGGCUGAAGCACUGUGCCGGUGGAUCCGAGUACAGUGGAUCGCCUAGGGUAGGACCUGGCAGCAACGAUGAGGUUCUCAGUCCUGGACCACGCAAAGUACCUGGAGCGUUUCCUGGAAGACCUGGUAGUGGCGUCCUGCUCGAGGGCUGGCUUCGUCUGAAACAGCGCCGUGGCAUCAAGGGACUCAAGAAAUGGAAUUCGCGCUACUUCGUUUUGCACGCGAAGUCAAAUGAGGUUCGCUACUAUGCGGAUGUAGUUCAAUCGGCUUGGGGAACGAUCCCGCUGGGUGAACUUGGAUCGAUUUCACUGCGGCUCAUUCAGCGCAUCGGUAAGCUCAGCCAUCCCAGGUACAAGGGCUGCCACUUUGACAUCACGUGCCGCAAUACCUGGGGCACACACUGUACCGAUGACUACAUUUCUUCCGACGAUGAGGACGGGAGCAGUAGCAACGUGAUCAGCGCCAACACAAACGGCGACCUUACAGGGACCACACCUUCCAAGCAGGAAAAGGGUGGGACCCCGCGAUCAACUCGAGUUUACAGCUUGGUUGCCGACUCGCCACAAGUCACGGUAGCAUGGGUGAAUAUGCUGGACUCACUGCUGACGCGGAGUGCCAACAGCCCUCGACCUGAGGUGGGCUCACCAGUUGAGCCGACAAACACAACGCCAGUCGCGAAUGUCGGUGCCCGAUUCAAAAAGCAUGUAGCACGACAACGGUGGAGUGCCAUGGACACAGAGUCGUCUGUGCUAUUGGGUCCUGGAGAAAUCGUCCCGAGAGCUACUGUGUACGCCAUGAACUUCAUCUUCGAGUCGACGCCAGGUAUUGAGACGGCCAAGUUCUACGAGCUUGAGCCAGACGCUGCGAAGCUAAAGAUCGCCCUGAAGUUCCUAAACGGCUUUGCCGGUGAGGAUGUAACUCGCAAACCGACUAAAGCAGACUUGAAGGAAUUGCUGGACGCAGUGACCGCCGGUGCAGUCAUCAAACUGUGGCUUAAGCAGCUACAGCAACCUCUGAUUCCGUUCACAAUGUACGACGAUUUCAAAGUGCUGGCGCAUGAAGCACGAGCCAUGCCAGUUGAUCUCCGCCAGAAGCUUGGCGCACUGCUCGAAGCUCUCCCCAAGAAAAAUCUUACGAUGUUAGCCUGCGUGCUCUUUCACUUGAAUGACGUCAACGUGUAUUCAUCCAAAAACGGAAUGGACGCAGCAAGGCUAGCGCUCCAUUUUGCCGCAUUUGUUUUACGAUCACCGAAGCCAUCGCCUCGUGGCGGCGAGUCAAAAGAAGACAUUGAUGCUGUGCGCCAUCUCGUGACAGAAAUGAUUAUCAACGUCGACACGUUCAUGGACGAAAAGGAAGCUCAACUUCUCGAGGAUAAUCAACUGUAA